AUGCUAGGCAUAGUGGAUAGGAUUCAAUAUAAAUUCCUCACGAAGAGACGCCUAUUCCUCGCAACACUUACAAUAUUUGCUACUAUCGGUGUAUAUUCCCUUGGCGUGGGGAUCUGGUUAUACCUCGAAAGGACGGAUUUUCAUGAAUUAACGCCAUCUUCUUUCUCUGCCUUUUCAACUGCUGGUCUAUGUUGCUCCACAGGUGUUGCGGUUUGGAUUAUCUGCACCGUGGGAUUCAUCAGUGCUACGGCCUAUAAUCGUCGCCUUCUGUAUACGUUCAUUGGUUUCGUCAUUUUGCUCGCAUUCAUCCAAACGAUAACGGGUAUCCUAGGAUUCGCCUACAAAGAUGCUACACGUGAACACGUACGUACGGAUUUACUUCACAACAUCAAUCGUCAGACUUUAAUGACUGGCAACGGUCGUUUUUUUAACUUGACAUUAAACCUGGGAUCGACUUCAGAAAUCGGUAAGUGCAGUAUUCCUACGGUUGUUCCUUUCUCUUUUGUUUCUGACGUAUUUCUCCCCUGUUUUGAUGGCAAACCCCCUUUUAUGAGGAGUAGCCAACUAUAUUUCGCGGCGAUUUACUUUUUUUUGGCGUUACAUUUUUCAUUCAAGGUAAAUGCUAGGGAUACACGUUGA